AUGGCAAACCUUUUAGGCACCGAGUGCCAAAAAAGUUAUCAAGGCUGCACUCUAGAAAAGCAAGACUUCCGUGUUCUAGCGGCCAUGCGCGUUCAACCAUCAGCUGGCUGGUUAGCCCGGGGUAGGCGCUCUUCUUCCACUUCGGCGGCCGGAGCCUUGGAAGCGCCGCGCGUCCCCCGGCGCAGGAGGCGAGCGCCGGACGAGGGCCCGGGGACAAACGAGGGUCGCCGGCUCCUGGCCCCGCCGAGCAGGGCGUUCUAUUUCCGCGGCCAGGGCGACCAGCUGCGCUUGAAGGCGGAGCUCGAGAUACCCCGGGAUGCCUUCACCGUCCAAGUGUGGCUGCGCCCCGAAGGGGGGCAGAAGGCGCCGGCUGUGAUCGCAGGAUUAUACGACAAAUGUUCUUACACCACCCUGGACCGAGGAUGGGUUUUGGGAAUUAACAACGUCAGUGACCAAGGUAACAGAGAUCCUCGCUACUUCUUCUCACUGAAGACUGACCGUGCCCGGAGAGUCACCACCAUCACGGAUCACCAUAGCUACCUUCCGAAUCAGUGGGUUCACCUCGCCAUCACUUACGACGGACGUUUGAUGAAGAUGUAUGUAAAUGGGGCCCAGGUGGCAUCCAGCAGAGAACAAGUAGGGAGUAUCUUCAGCCCUUUGACUUUGAAAUGUAAGAUCCUAAUGCUGGGCGGCAACACCCUGAACCAAAAUUACCGAGGGUACAUUGAACAUUUUAGCCUUUGGAGAACAGUCCGUUCCCAGAAGGAGAUACUGCUGGACAUGACUCUGGUGGCUCAUGAAGUAGAUGUUCCUCUACCUCAGCUAGUGUUUCAGGAGACGUUGGUGAAUGUGAAAAGCCGCUGGUCUCCCAUGAAAGACAGCCCACGUCUUCCUCUGACCGAGUUCACCUUCCACUCUGGCUACCUGUUGGAUACCAGCCUGGCGCCUCCUCUCUGUGGCCAAACAGUUUGCGACAACAUGGAGGUCAUCGCCAGCUACAACCAGAUCCCCACCUUCCGCCACAGGAAGGUGGUCCGUUACCGCGUGGUGAACAUUUACGACGACCGUCACCGCAACCCGACCAUCAGCCAGCAACAGAUCGAGUUCCAGCACCGGCAGCUCAACGACGCCUUCAGCCCGUACAACAUCUCGUGGGAAAUAGAGGUGCUGGAGAUCAACGAUUCCUUCCUCCGCGACCGCCUCAUCCUGGCCAACUGCGAAAUCAGCAAGAUUGGGGAUGAGAGCUGCGAUCUGGAGUGCAAUCAUACGCUGACCGGCUUUGACGGGGGAGACUGCCGCCACGUGCGCCAACUUUCCUUCCACAAGAAGAAGCAGAACGGCGUUUGUGACAUGGAUUGCAACUCAGAGAAGUACAACUUCGACGGUGGGGAUUGCUGCAAUCCGGAUAUAACGGACGUCACGAAGACCUGCUUUGAUCCCGAUUCGCCUAACAGGGCCUACUUAGAUGUCAAGGAACUCAAAAACCGGCUGAACCUGAACGGCUCAACACAUCUCAACAUCUUCUUCGCCAAUUCCUCGGAAGAAGAGCUGGCUGGCAUGGCCACCUUUCCUUGGGACAAAGAAGCCUUGGUGCACUUGGGAGGCAUCGUCCUGAAUCCCGCCUUCUAUGGCGUUGCGGGUCACACCCACACCAUGAUCCACGAAGUCGGACACAGCCUUGGACUCUACCACGUCUUUAAGGGGGUAUCAGAGAUCUUCUCCUGCAGCGACCCGUGCAUGGAAACGGAGCCCUCCUUUGAGACGGGCGACCUCUGUCACGAUACCAACCCUACCCCAACCCACAAAACCUGCGCUGACCCCCCGGCUAACAGUAACAUGUGCGGCUUCCGCAACUUCCAGAAUACACCGUUCAACAACUUUAUGAGCUACGCAGAUGAUGACUGCACCAAUUCCUUCACCCCAAACCAGGUUGCCCGUAUGCACUGCUACCUUGAUCUAGUCUAUCAAAGCUGGCAACAUAUCAAGAAGCCAGCCCCCAUUGCCAUCACGCCUCAGAUUGUGGACCGGACGGAAGCUUCCGUUACUCUGGAGUGGUUUCCACCCAUUGACCAACACUUCUUUGAAAGGUGAAUGGGUGGGACGACGUGUGAAUAUCAGCUCCGAAAGCUGUCAAUGAUACAGAAGGAUUGA